AUGAUACUGGUAGUAAUAGUAGUAGUACGAGUGGGAAUAAUAAUAAUAAUAAUAGUAGUAGUAGUAGUAGUAGUAGUAGUAGUAGUAGUAGUAGUAGUAGUAGUAGUAGUAGUAGUAGUAGUAGUAGUAGUAGUAGUAGUAGUAGUAGUAGUAGUAGUAGUAGUAGUAGUAGUAGUAGUAGUAGUAGUAGUAGUAGUAGUAGUAGUAGUAGUAGUAGUAGUAGUAGUAGUAGUAGUAGUAGUAGUAGUAGUAGUAGUAGUAGUAGUAGUAGUAGUAGUAGUAGUAGUAGUAGUAGUAGUAGUAGUAGUAGUAGUAGUAGUAGUAGUAGUAGUAGUAGUAGUAGUAGUAGUAGUAGUAGUAGUAGUAGUAGUAGUAGUAGUAGUAGUAGUAGUAGUAGUAGUAGUAGUAGUAGUAGUAGUAGUAGUAGUAGUAGUAGUAGUAGUAGUAGUAGUAGUAGUAGUAGUAGUAGUAGUAGUAGUAGUAGUAGUAGUAGUAGUAGUAGUAGUAGUAGUAGUAGUAGUAGUAGUAGUAGUAGUAGUAGUAGUAGUAGUAGUAGUAGUAGUAGUAGUAGUAGUAGUAGUAGUAGUAGUAGUAGUAGUAGUAGUAGUAGUAGUAGUAGUAGUAGUAGUAGUAGUAGUAGUAGUAGUAGUAGUAGUAGUAGUAGUAGUAGUAGUAGUAGUAGUAGUAGUAGUAGUAGUAGUAGUAGUAGUAGUAGUAGUAGUAGUAGUAGUAGUAGUAGUAGUAGUAGUAGUAGUAGUAGUAGUAGUAGUAGUAGUAGUAGUAGUAGUAGUAGUAGUAGUAGUAGUAGUAGUAGUAGUAGUAGUAGUAGUAGUAGUAGUAGUAGUAGUAGUAGUAGUAGUAGUAGUAGUAGUAGUAGUAGUAGUAGUAGUAGUAGUAGUAGUAGUAGUAGUAGUAGUAGUAGUAGUAGUAGUAGUAGUAGUAGUAGUAGUAGUAGUAGUAGUAGUAGUAGUAGUAGUAGUAGUAGUAGUAGUAGUAGUAGUAGUAGUAGUAGUAGUAGUAGUAGUAGUAGUAGUAGUAGUAGUAGUAGUAGUAGUAGUAGUAGUAGUAGUAGUAGUAGUAGUAGUAGUAGUAGUAGUAGUAGUAGUAGUAGUAGUAGUAGUAGUAGUAGUAGUAGUAGUAGUAGUAGUAGUAGUAGUAGUAGUAGUAGUAGUAGUAGUAGUAGUAGUAGUAGUAGUAGUAGUAGUAGUAGUAGUAGUAGUAGUAGUAGUAGUAGUAGUAGUAGUAGUAGUAGUAGUAGUAGUAGUAGUAGUAGUAGUAGUAGUAGUAGUAGUAGUAGUAGUAGUAGUAGUAGUAGUAGUAGUAGUAGUAGUAGUAGUAGUAGUAGUAGUAGUAGUAGUAGUAGUAGUAGUAGUAGUAGUAGUAGUAGUAGUAGUAGUAGUAGUAGUAGUAGUAGUAGUAGUAGUAGUAGUAGUAGUAGUAGUAGUAGUAGUAGUAGUAGUAGUAGUAGUAGUAGUAGUAGUAGUAGUAGUAGUAGUAGUAGUAGUAGUAGUAGUAGUAGUAGUAGUAGUAGUAGUAGUAGUAGUAGUAGUAGUAGUAGUAGUAGUAGUAGUAGUAGUAGUAGUAGUAGUAGUAGUAGUAGUAGUAGUAGUAGUAGUAGUAGUAGUAGUAGUAGUAGUAGUAGUAGUAGUAGUAGUAGUAGUAGUAGUAGUAGUAGUAGUAGUAGUAGUAGUAGUAGUAGUAGUAGUAGUAGUAGUAGUAGUAGUAGUAGUAGUAGUAGUAGUAGUAGUAGUAGUAGUAGUAGUAGUAGUAGUAGUAGUAGUAGUAGUAGUAGUAGUAGUAGUAGUAGUAGUAGUAGUAGUAGUAGUAGUAGUAGUAGUAGUAGUAGUAGUAGUAGUAGUAGUAGUAGUAGUAGUAGUAGUAGUAGUAGUAGUAGUAGUAGUAGUAGUAGUAGUAGUAGUAGUAGUAGUAGUAGUAGUAGUAGUAGUAGUAGUAGUAGUAGUAGUAGUAGUAGUAGUAGUAGUAGUAGUAGUAGUAGUAGUAGUAGUAGUAGUAGUAGUAGUAGUAGUAGUAGUAGUAGUAGUAGUAGUAGUAGUAGUAGUAGUAGUAGUAGUAGUAGUAGUAGUAGUAGUAGUAGUAGUAGUAGUAGUAGUGGUAAUAAUAGCCCUAAUCUCAACAAUGAAGUGGGGUGUGGUGGAGUCAAGUUGA